UUGGUGUCUGCCUGUUCCAGUGCCAGGACUUGAUGUCCCAGACGUCGUCACCUCUGAGCCAGAACGACUCCUGCAUGGGCAGAUCUGCUGAUCUCCUGCUGCCCUCCGGGGACUCCGGGAAGAGGCAACACGAGCGUGGCAGCGAGCUGGCGACGUACUCCAAAGUUGAGCGCUACAAAGCACAGGAGGACCGUCGGGAGUCAAAGUUGACCCUGCGCCCUCCCAGCCUGGCUGCCCCCUACGCACCGGUCCAAAACUGGCAGCACCAGCCAGAGAAGCUCAUCUUUGAGUCCUGUGGAUACGAGGCCAACUACCUGGGCUCCAUGCUGAUCAAGGACCUCCGAGGUACAGAAUCAACGCAGGAUGCCUGUGCCAAGAUGAGGAAAUCCACAGAGCAUAUGAAGAAAAUCCCGACCAUAAUACUGUCAAUCACGUACAAGGGAGUGAAGUUCAUCGAUGCCUCUAACAAGAAUGUCAUUGCUGAGCAUGAGAUCCGUAACAUCUCCUGUGCUGCCCAGGACCCUGAGGAUCUCUGCACGUUCGCCUACAUCACCAAGGACCUGCAGACCAGCCACCACUACUGCCAUGUCUUCAGCACCGUGGAUGUGAACCUGACGUACGAGAUCAUCCUCACCCUGGGGCAGGCGUUCGAGGUCGCCUACCAGCUGGCCCUCCAAGCCCAGAGAGCGAAACCUCUGGGUGCUGCAGCGGGAGAAACGAUCGAAACAAAAUCUUCCAAACCGGUGCCUAAACCACGAGCUGGCAUGAGGAAAUCCGCACUGGAGCCCCCUGAAGUGGACCAAGAUUCCCAGUCUCAUGCCAGUGUCUCGUGGGUCGUGGACCCCAAACAGGACUCCAAGCGGACCCUCAGCACUAAGUAUGAGACCACUAUCUUCUAAAGCAAACAAAUCCCGUGUCCACCUAUAGUCUAACCGUGCCUUUGCGAUCUGAUCUGUCUGCUGUUCUAAACUCCCUCUUCCUCCAGCUGCUCGCACUGAGCCCUGCGUAGGCACUACGUCAAAGGCAGCAGCACUUAAGAGACUGUAGACUUAAACGGCUUUUGUACCUGAUCACUACUGAACACUGUGAAUUCUCCUUACUCGGAAACAAGGCUGAGCUCCGGGCAGCUGUCUCCUACCACGGAAAUGUAGUAACGGGGCAGAGACCUAAGAAGCAGUGGCCUGCUGACACGAAGACCAUCUCCAUCUGGCACUGGUGUCUGCCUCUGAGGGUGUGCAUGACUGCUCAGUGAGGGCUCCCAAAGCAGAGGGGGAAAGGGAUCCCAGCCACCAGCUGAGAAAAGCAGCUCUCCAUUUCUAGCAAAGGAAAGUUGAGACUUCCGAGGCCGAGCGAUGUCACGUUUUCUAGUCUGAGACAAACUGCUUUCAACCCGUUUCUUUUUCACACGUGAAAUGAUACAGAGCAAAUCCAGUUCACAGUCUAAAUGUAGCACUGCAGGUUUUUUCUUUGUUUUGUUUUGUUUUGUUUUUUUGGUGAGGGGAAAAAAAGAAAUGAUUUACUGAGAAUCUGCGCAGUCCAACAAGGAAGUCUUACUGGUGGGAGCGGUGUGUGCAUCUCUUAUGGUACUUAAAUCUGCUUCAAUUCUGGGUGAACAGUAGAGAAACGCCAAAUUCUUGGAAAUAACUUCCUCCAGUGUGAGAAGCCUUGCAGGGUAAGUCUGCAUCCUUUCUUUUCAAAGCCACUCCAUGCUUUUAUAGCCAAUGGAAAUCACUUAAGGAAAAGUCUGCGAAGGAUCUCUCACCUCAGAGUGGCUGUGGCCAAGUAUUUACUGAUGGUACAAAGCUUGCUUCCCUACAGAGAACUGUUGCAUUGCAAUACUUGACAUUUCUAUGGCAAGGACACAACUUCUUCCCAUUUACGCACUGAAUACCUGGAGAGGAGUCCUUUCUCCAGCCUCUUGUGCACCUGUCUUGUUUUUUAAAUGCAGUUAUGCCCUGAAGGGUUGGGUGUCGUUUUUAAUUUUUAAGCUUAUUCAAUUGUGAUUUAGCACUUUUUUUUUAUACUAGCUCACUAUUUAAUCAGUGCAACGAUUUUGGAAGACGAACAAAAGAGGAGUUACAUUUUGGGCAUUCCACUGACACAGUCCACAGCCAAGGAUAAAUCAUAUCGACCCGUGGAUGGCCUGGCCUCAGCAGCCCCAAACGCUGCCAUCUCAGAGGUGUGCUGUCUGCUUGCUUUCUCUUCGAAUCACAGCAGGAUUUAGCAGCAGUUUUGGCUGUGGCCGAUGUGUUUUCACAGCACUGUUCCCCUGGAGGGAAGGCUGUUAGGAGAGCUGUGAUUUUUAAUUCUUCCGAUGCAAAAAACGUAGCGCAGCAGUUUGGUACGAUCUCCACAGGGUUGCAGUGGUUGGGGAUGUGGUGCCCUGCUGCUUUACCAGGAUGAUAUGCCCUAAUAAUGUCUGUUUAACUCCCGUUGCUGCUGUAUGUCAGGAUUUAGUCUCCCUAGCUGGUAGGACUAGGAGAGAAGUGAACCAUAAUCCCAAGGGCACAGACCUGUACAUGAUGAGGAGGGGGAAGCGGAGAUUAUUUUUCUUUUUUACAUUGAUGAAUUUAGAAAACCUAACAUUCCUUGUUAUGCGUAUGUUGCAAUUCAUACUGGUGUAAGUGUAAAUAUUUGGUGUGUUGGCAACAAGUCUUUUUGGAGAGAUUGCAAAUUGAACCUCUGCUUGGGAGGAGGGACACCCUUCUGUUCUGACACGUACAUGAGCUUUGCGAAGGUUGGCUUGGAGGUGAAGUGGUGAUGAAGACUCCAAUCUUCAGGGGGCUGGACGUUGUGACCCUGGUGGUUCUUUCCAGUCCUGUGUGUAAUUCCAUGGUUGUCUUUAGUGAUCCAGCAGUUCUUUAGCCAGAUACUCUUUCUCGCUUCACAGACAGCAGUUGUUUUGGCAGUGCAUCUUCCCCUUUCAUGUCAGUGGGGUUUUUUUGAGGUACUUGCAUGCUGGAGACUGAUCCUGGGUCACCAACUCCAAGUGCUUUGUUAGCCCAUCCAUUACGCAGUAUUUUGGCUCUUCCUCCCCACAGGGUUUCACGGUAUCUGGAGGAAAGUGCUCUGCAUUUCUGGUGCUGGUUAGAAUCGAAAUGCACUCACUGCCUGCCUGGGACAGGCGGUGCAGCCCUGGGUUUUGUGUUUUACAGACUUCCAGUUGGACGUGGCAUGAGUCCAGGCUGAGAACUCAAGAUAGAUCAACUGUGUUUGUCUUUUUUUUUU